CUUGUGGUGCUGUGACGUAGUCGUUACUUUUUGGAGCUUUGUCCUAAUAUAGGGCAUUAUCAUUUGCGAUGGAAUUUUGCCGCUGUCUCUAUUUAUCCUUUUUACUAUCUUGUAUACAAACACAGGAAAUUCCACCCUGAAACCCUUUUGUACGGGAUCAAAUUGUGGCAAUGUCCUUUAGUCAAGCAGCAAACCUUGUUGAAACGGCAUUUGGCCAUCGUGGCAAUACCACAACUGAGCAAGAUGUUACCAAUCCAGCCAAAGACCGGGCCAAAUAUGCUGAUCCAAGUGGCGAGAAAAUGAAAGCACUUGUUUGGGAAGGCAAAAAUUCGGUAGCAGUUCGUGAAGUACCGAAGCCUCGUGUGGUAGAGGAUCGAGAUGUGGUUUUGAAGGUUACUGGCAGUACCAUCUGCGGCAGCGAUCUUCAUCUUCUCCAUGCAGCAAUUGUCCAGAUGCAGAAAGGUGAUAUCCUUGGCCAUGAGUUCUGUGGCGUAGUGGAAUCCAUGGGAUCCGGCGUGAAAGGACUACAAAAAGGAGACAGAGUGGUUGCUUCUUUCCAGAUUGCAUGUGGCGAUUGUUUAUAUUGCAACCAGAAACUAUCAUCCCAAUGCGAGAAGACCAAUGCCAAUACUCUGGAGCAUGGCAUGUACGGUAGCCCUACGGCGGGGAUGUUUGGCUAUUCGCACUUCACCGGAGGAUUUGCAGGUGGUCAGGCGGAGUAUGUCAGGGUUCCAUUUGGGGAUGUGAAUUUAUUGAAACUACCCGAUAGUGUACCCGAUGAAAAAGGUCUCUACCUUUCUGAUGUACUGGCAACUUCCUGGCAUUGCGUUGUCGAUACAGGUGUCAACAAAGGUGACGUUGUUGCCAUAUGGGGUGCGGGCCCCAUCGGCCAGAUGUGUGCCGAUUUUGCAUUCCUGAAUGGUGCCUCACGCGUCAUCAUGAUUGAUAGUAACUGGCGACUGGAUUAUAUCAAGACAAAAUAUCCCAAAGUCGAAACCCUCGACUACAGCGCUCUUCCUCGCGGCAGCUCUGUCACAUCUGAGCUCAAAAACAUGGUUCAUGGCGGUCCAGAUGUUGCUCUCGAAUGCGUUGCUGGCGAAUAUGCCAAGGGAUGGGGUCACUACUUUGAGAUGCUCUUCGGAAUUGAGACAGAUACCUCGGAAAUUGUCAACGAGAUGAUAACUUCUGUUAAAAACUUUGGCCGUUGUGGCAUUACCGGUGUCUAUGCAGGCUAUACUAAUCAUUUUAACAUUGGAUCCCUUAUGGAGCGCGGUGUCCGCCUUAUUGGUAAUGGCCAGGCACCGGUCCAUUUGUACUGGGAAAAGCUUCUUUCUAUGAUUGAGAAAGGGGAAAUCGAUCCACUUCGAAUGGUCAGCCACAGAGUCUCUCUUGAUGAUCUAGACACGAUUUAUCACAAAUUCGACAAGCGCGAUCGGGCAGAUGGAUUGCAAAAGAUUUUCGUGCAAACGAAAUUUUCAGCGCCACCGUCUCCCGGAAGCCCGCAACUCACGAGAUUCAAGGAGUAAUUUGAACGACAAGCGCGACGAUUUUGAUCUGCCUUAAUCGUCUUUCCUGGUUAAAAGUCCGGGCGGAAUACACUUCGCGAUGCCCUUACAACCAUUGUUCAUUUAUCGACUCUCUUUUGAGCUACAUUGGGUCCUUGCUUCCUUGCUUCAUUUCUCUGUUUGAACCUUCCAUUACUCUUGGGUUUUAGCCCGGACAAGGGAAGGUACGUAAAAUCGGACCCUACGCUAUGUUGCUACCGGUACAGGUGGAGAGUUGUGUCAAAUCACGAUCUUUUUGGUGCACUUGGCAGGAGUAUUUUGAGAAUCUGGGUCUGGCGAUGGGGAGCUUUUCAGCUAUUUUUGUUGAUAAUAAUUUUUCUUUUUGUCUCCAAAGGGCAUCUCCAUAAGAGUCAUACCAUUUUGUUGUCAAGGCGAACGCGUUAUAUUCUCAGCAG